UCGCCACAAUGCUCGGCCUAAGGAAUGGCAUCUUCGCGGGCAGUCUUCUCGGCAGCGGCUCUUGCUUUCAGCGACUUGCGCCGUGUACUUGUCGCUCUUCGCAAAAGCCUCAGCCGAGAUUCUCCGCGAAGAAACCAUUUAAGCCGCAAUUGGCAAGCAGUUCAGGUUCAGAGGAGAACAGACGCCUGCUGGCGUUGAUGGAGACGGGGUGUCGAUGUCCUCACAGGUCGACCAAGGAGCGUUGGUUCUUCACCAACCGGCAUAUUAUUCUGUCCCUAGCCACUGUCCUGAAUCGUCCGCCGGAUUUGGUGACCGACUUUCUGCACUCGCUAACCCUGCAGAACUUUUCUCAGAUCCUAAAGCCCUCCGAUCCUCCGGGGAUUUUUUGCAAAGUACCCUAUGUAAACUGUUGCACCUGCGAAAACUACAUGAGAAUUUUUGACGCUCAUGGGAACGUCAGGAGCCGCUUCACCCCUGACUCGCUAGAGCUACUAAUGCGUGCCGUACAAACUGUGUUGAGACAGGAUUCCCUUGGGCAAGCGGAACCAUUUGACUUACGUUUUGGCGCCCAACAUAGGGCAAUUGAACGGGCUUCCAAAGCAAAGAGAGCUGGCAUCGAUCGCGACUCCAUCGCUCGGAAAAAUGGGAAAAGACGAUUAAGAGUCUCGGAGGCGAGGGCGUAUGAAACCACAAGUCGUUUGCACAGCGGACUGAAGGAGACCACAAUCGGAGAUCCGGGAUACAUUUUCGGGCUUAGCCUUGAGCCAAUCGACUUUGAUGUCCCUAUCCAAAGGCCAGAAACUUGGGCUCUGGAGGAUGCCCAAACUUCUGAGCGAAUCCAGCGACUGGGCAGUCUGCUCAGGCAGGUGAAUGAGAAGACUUACCUGACGAGCGAUGCGGGCAAACUAAUAACUGCCAUAAAAAACCUCGAAUGGGAUAGUCCCGCCCAUAAUAGAAAGCCCUCUACAACUGAUAACGAAAUUAUUAAGCGAUUAUCGGAUUCCUACUAUGAAAGGGUCAAGGCCUCUGGUUCGAAGGCACACCUUAAGAAAAAGACAAAAUCUUCAAAAAUAAGUCUCACAAAAGUUGAUCACCCGACGUUAGGAAUGCAAAAAAGUCGAAUAUCUUAUGGAGAGGCGAUUCCGGUUCUCCUGCACGAACCCUUCGACAAGAAAAAACCCUGGACUUGGAUGCGCCGGCAUCCGAACCAGAUUCGGAUGAACGACUUGGGUGAAAUUUCGCAUGGCAGCACCCUGGAUCAGUUUAUGCAGGAGGAAAAAGAGCGCUCCUCGGUGCACACAGUGAUCUCCACGGAUUUGAGUUCCAAGGCCGCGAAGAUCCGACCGAAGUUCGGCCAGAAGAAAUCCAAGAGUCGAUCUCGACAUUUCACAUAGACUUCCGUUUCGUCCGUGUAACGCCUUUCUUUAAUGAAUCUUAGAGAACCCUACCUGUAGGUACACGAAAUUCAUAAAUGGCAGACAUAUUACGUAAUA